AAAACAAGCCUCCGGUAUUGCUCGUCGACGAGUUUUUUGUGCGUGGUGCUCCAGUCGGUACAAAAUCAGGGAGUCCCGGAAAAAAGAGCCCCCCUGCUCGUUCCCAGUGGCGGAUAUCAGAGACUAUGCUCACCUUGAUCGGACGAUUAACCUGCAGUGGCUUCAGCUCGGAGACGACUCGAGCUCUCCACACAACAGUCGCGGUUUCUGCCGGAGCCAGAUAUCGCGCAUCUAGGAGAGAAGAGCGCUUCAUGAAUCAAUGGCGAGUUUUCGCUGACGCGCCGGAUUGGUCGCGACUCGACGGUACACCUGCUCCGCUGAACAACGCCCAAAGAAGACGGUACCUGCAGCAAUUGACCUACAAUCAACGGGUACAGAUGCUGCUCAGUCAGGUCGACGGUGCUAGAGCUGCAGUCCAGGAGGCGAAAGAAAAGAUCGAGACGGAUAAAAAGCGAAUAAUAGCAAAUAAGUUGAAGAGUAAAGCGAAGACAUGGACUAGUUGAAGACUAGAGCGAAGACAUGGGGUAGUUGAAGAGGUGCGUCGGUAAUCUUGAGAAAUAAACUUAAUC